ACCCUUCGCCGCGACUUCGGUGCGCAUCGUGCGUCUUCGGCUGCGGUCUCGGCGAGUCACACAAGCCGCCCGCUUAUUUUUCCAAGCCCCCGCCCGGCGUCUUGCCGUCCGCGCCCAACAAGUGGCGUAGACGACCGCUCGCGGCUCACACGCUGUCUCGCGCUCGCACUUCGCACAACUUUCCUGAGCGCUCGGCGCCGCGAGUUUUGAAUACGAUCGCGUGUUUAUAAACUUUUCUCGAAGUGUAUAAAGAGAACAGUGGCGUGACAUAGGACUUCAGUGGCGUGUCGAGAGUCGGUGCGGUUGUUGUGGGUAGACUGGAGUCGAUGCACCUCCCGCACGCGAGCCCACCGGCCCCCAGCAUGGCGGAUGUAUACUCCCAUAUUCAUGAGUACUACCGGCAAAGUCACGGUGAACUGGUGCAGACCGGCUCCCCGGCCGUAUUGUGCUCGGUUCUACCCGGCCACUGGAGGUCGAAUAAAUCUUUACCGGUUGCUUUCAAAGUUGUGGCUUUGGAUGACGUUCAGGAUGGUACACUAGUGACGAUAAAGGCUGGCAACGACGAGAAUGUGAUGGCAGAGCUGAGGAACUGUACGGCGGUGAUGAAGAACCAGGUGGCGAAGUUUAAUGACCUCCGGUUCGUGGGUCGUAGCGGACGAGGGAAGUCGUUCUCUCUUACGAUCACGAUCAGCACAUUUCCAUCACAAGUUGCCACUUAUACAAAAGCCAUCAAAGUCACUGUGGAUGGACCUAGAGAACCUCGAACUAAACAAAAUUACGGUUAUGGUCACCCCGGAGCAUUUAGUCCCUUCCUUCUCAAUCCUGGAUGGUUAGACGCUGCCUAUCUUAAUUACGCAUGGGUGGAUUACUUUCGGCCACCACAAAUGAGAGAACAAAAUGCUUCACUUGUAAAAGGUGGAGUCACACCAAUAACAACACCUCCAGUCACGCUUCCUGGACCGGAGUUAUUCCCAUUUCCACAAGCGAUGACCAGCUUACCACCCGGAGGACUAUUACCACCCCCUGGUGCGUUUUUACCAACAAAUGGACUUCUACCAUUCCCACCACAUCCCGCAGAACUAGCAUUAAAGUCUUUACCUCCUGAGUUGUCAUUGAAAAAUGGCAUGUUACCCUACGAUGCUUUAAGACAUCUCCAAAGUAAUGUUUCUUCAAUGGAUACAUCGAGCGCUCGUCUGUCGCCUACCAGUAGUAGACAAAGUAGUCCACGGAGUAUGGGAAAUGCAAGUCCGGAUAGAUCGAAAGCUGACUCUAAAUCAGAAGUUAACUCUGUGCAUGAUGCAACUAUUUCUGAUGAAUCCGACGAGGAAACGAUCGAAGUUGUGAAAUCUGCUUUCCAUCCGACGAGACCUGCGAACGUUGAGCUACAAGAAAUGAAACGAGUACAACCAGCAGAUUCGACAGUGUCAGAUCAACCGCGUGUCCGAAAUGAACUGAAAGCUCCGUCACAACGAACGACACGUAUAUUGUCGACGAGUCCAACGUCCACUAAAAUCGCAAAUGGUACGAUAGGAACUCAUAAAUCAGUGUGGAGGCCAUAUUGACAAUGCUAGUGUUAGUGUUCAAUUUAAUUUUAAUAUCCGCCUGUGAGCGAUAUUGUUGAAAUGUGAUAAUACAAUGAGCUUGUAAAUAGUAUAGGUAGUUGUAACAGAUAUUAGAUUGUUUAUAAAAGAUAUUUAUUAUUAGAUAUAUAGCUACAAAUUAACGGUGUAGACUAGUGUUGAACAUGUAAAUUUUAAUAGCAAAUUGUUAUUUUAUUGCAAAUGUGUUCAAGCUUAUCAAUAAAUUCGAAUAAUUUUUUAUUGAGUCGAUCUACAACAUGGAGUUAGACCAUAGACCUAGUUAUAAGUUUUGAAAAUGUUUGUAAAAAUAUUCUUCUAAAAUGACUGAUUACUAUAAACAGUUUUAUGAAAGACACUGUA